AAAUUGAUGAAGCUAGAUUGCUGAUUGCACUAUCAGCAGCACUUUACUCAAAGUGGUAUGGUGUUUCAGAUAUAGAUUAUUUUGACAUUCCACUGAUCAUCAGUGAAAUCCACCAAGCUCUCAAAUGUUGCAGUGUUAUUUUAAAUGUCCAUAUAGCUAGAGAAGAGAAAUUGAAUGAUUCAAGUAAAGAACCAUGGGUUGCUGAAAAUAGGUCUCCAAAAUAA